ACGCGGACACGGUUUCUUUUUCAUUACCUAAUUAAGAAUUUGACAACUAUACAAAUUGUGCAAACCACUCACAACUGCACUCACUCGCCCUAUUGACUCACCCAAUGGCUGAACGACUUCACCCAAACACUUUACCAACCGACCCUCAAACGACGUCGUCUGAGGAAAACGCAUUCGCUUCCAACGCUGUUCCAAAGCCUCCGGGGGAAUCCUACAUCAUUCAGCUUCCCAAGGACCAGGUCUACCGCAUCCCUCCUCCGGAGAAUGCCCGUCGUUACCAAAACUACACUCGCAAGAAAAAUCGUCGGAGUUGCUGUUGUCUCUGUUGGUUAAUCGGCAUUGUAUUCACUCUGAUCAUGCUCGUUAUCGUCGCGGCUUGCGUUUUUUACUUGAUUUUCCGACCGCAAGUGCCUCAAUUUUCAAUCGAUGGCGUCGCCGUUCAGGGAAUGAACCUUACGUCGUCUUUGUCUACGAUUUCGCCGGAGUGUGCCGUCUCCGUUAGUGAUGAUAACGGUAACAAUAAGAUUGGAAUCUACUACGAGAAAGGUAGCAUCGUUGAAAUUUUUUACAGAGACAUUAAGAUCUGUAACGGAGCGUUACCGGUGUUUUAUCAGCCGACAAAUAGCGUGACGCGGUUUCAGACUGUGUUGAAGGGUAACGUCGUUGCACUUGCGGUAUCGGACCGGAGGGCGUUGGUGAGGGCAGUUGCGAAACGGAGCGUGCCGUUAACGUUGAAAUUGAGGGUACCGUUGAAAUUUAAAGUGGGAUCCGUUAAGACGGGGCAGUUCCUAGAAUAUAAGAUGGAAUGUGAUCUGACGUUGGAUCAGUUAACGGCGCAGUCGAAGAUCACCGUUAUUGAGGAUUGUAAUUCUGGAUUUUAUUUUGGUUCUGACUAACAUAUGUACAUGUUAACAUUUGCCUCUUAUUUUUAGGGAUUAAAAUCAUUGUUUUGAUUCAGCGAUAUGAUGAAACCGUUUGAUUUUGAUAUUGAAUACUUGUUUUGAUUUUUACCCAAAUAUUACAAAUAUUUGAGAGAGAAAGAAAAAAUGACAAUGUAUGGUCGGUGUAAAUCAAUGGUAAACCAAACCAUGCAUUUCCGUUAAAUUUUGUAUUUACGUGUAAAAUAUACAUUAUUUGAUUUUUUUUACAAUAAA